UUCGAUUUCUUGUCUCAAUUUACUUUAUAUUCCUCCGUAUUAAAAGUAACGCUCGUUAAUCUUAAUUUCGGUGAAAUAUCGUUAAGCUUUCAUUCGACUGCCUAUUAGAUAUUUGUGCGAGGGAAAGCGAAUCAGCGAUCGAGAUUUUAAUUUUGCUCUCUUCAUUCUCUGUCAUUACAUCAUUUAACUUGCGCACACUGUCUUAAUCGUCACUUCGUGUAGUCACUGUAGUCGAUAAGAAUCUGAUAAUUCAACACUAAAGAAUAAUGCAAAAUAGAUAUACGUGGUCGCAGUACUCUAGAUCUUAAAUGAAAACGACUUGAUUGAGUCAUUCAAGUGUCACUGUAUCGGUCGUGUAAACAACAUGACCUCAUAUUUACCUUCCGAUUCGUUUAAUUAUAAUUCUAUCACUGACGAAUGCGCCGUUAUCACUAAUAGCUGUUUUCAUAUGUGCCAUCAUGACGCACAGGAUAAAUCUAAUAGCGAAUUCUUCGUAUUUGAACGGCGUCUCAUUACAAAUACUACGACGCACCUCUAUGAAUUGCAAAUUCACCGAAGAUCAAUUGACGAUCCCGUGAGAGAACGGACAUUUAUUUAACGUGUAUAUACCGCGAGCGUUCCUGAAAAUUGGGACGAGUGUUUACCGAGUAAAUAACGCAAUUCUUCCGGUUUCGACGCGAGUGACUCUGCUACACGCCAACGUUUCUUGUGGCUUCCUUUCCGCGAAAACAAACGUGCGAGAUACGGUUAUUAAUGCUAGUCGAAGAACAACGCGAUAAGCCUCGCUACAAUUAAACGUAGUAGUCUCAAUUGCUGAUCUUCACGUCACGAUGGAACGUGUGGAACGCGAUAUGUUAUAUUAUAACUGUAUCUCCCCGAUUUGACGUCCGCCGUCAAUCCACCGUACGUCAAAGUCGGAAUUCUCAUUUAGCUUGAAAUUGAAUUAGUGAUUUAAUUCUUAUUGCUAGUGGGCGCCGAGAGUAAAUAUAAAUUAAUGCACACUGCCAGUGAUUCAUUGUCAUAAAAAACGGUUUCAAGGCUAAACUCCUUAAUAAAGAUGUGAAAUCGAUUUCUUUUUUGUGAAAAUUUUAUGGAAAGUCAAUCAUUGUCAUCAUUCACAGAGUAGCGUGUAUGUGUAUGUGCAUGUAAAAAAAUUAUCACACCAUUCGUUCAAUGAGAGGGAGCCAAGUUCGAGAGAUCACGUGGUAGCGAUUAAGAACCUGGAGGAUACGUCUGGCGAGAAUGGGUAUAUGACCGGUUGGUUUAUCGAUUGCUGGGGAGUGACUUGAAAUGGCCUCUUAAAACGCAUGCAGCUUAAACGGCAGACAGGCGGUACUCGGCACACAAACGACGACGAUGACGACGGCGGACGAUUUGUGCACACACGUAGGAUGACAGAGCAGGAGAUUGAAGAGAUCCUAGAUAAAACUAUGGUUUUACUCGGUUUUUUACAAGAAAAGGAUGUAUUUGAACGGUACUAUAAACGACACUUAGCCAAACGAUUAUUUUUUAAUAAUAUUGACCCCACCCUACGCUUUUUUUGA